UUAGGACGUAUCAUACAAUUGGAUGAGGAUUUCUUGACGUAGUGGCGUCAACCAAGAGAAAGUUGCACAUUGGUAGCUUGAGCGACUUUAGUUUUGACAACACAUAUAUUGGCCGAGUGGACUCUGCACAGAUUCAGCCAUGGAUCUGGUGCUCAAAGUGUCCGACUACUACAUCCUGACCCCGUAUGUGUACCCGUCGUCCUGGCGCGAGGACGGGGCGCUGCGCCAGUUGAUCAGCCUGCUGCUGGUGACCAACCUGGGGGCCGCGGUGCUUUACCUCGGACUGGGCGGGCUAAGCUACUUCCUCAUCUUCGACCACAAACUCAUGAAACAUCCACAGUUUCUGGAAAACCAGGUAUGGAGGGAGAUCAAAUAUGCCAUGACAUCACUUCCUGUGAUCAGUAUUCCCACAGUAGCCUUGUUCUUUGCUGAGGUCAGAGGUUACAGCAAACUGUACGACAACGUCAACGAAUCUCCCAUGGGCUGGCCUGGUGUGUUAUUCAGCAUGAUAUUUUUCCUUUUAUUUACUGAUAUGUGUAUCUAUUGGAUUCACCGGUUCCUGCAUCACAAACGGAUUUACAAGAUCUUCCACAAGCCGCACCACGUGUGGAAGAUCCCCACGCCCUUCGCCAGCCACGCCUUCCACCCCGUGGACGGCUUCCUCCAGGGCCUGCCCUACCACAUCUACCCCUUCCUCUUCCCCCUGCACAAGGUGUUGUACCUGGGCCUCUACGUCUUCGUCAACAUCUGGACGGUCUCCAUUCACGACGGGGACUACCGUGUUCCCCGCCUCCUGCAGGAGGUGGUGAACGGCUCCGCCCACCACACUGACCACCACCUGUUCUUCGACUAUAACUACGGCCAGUACUUCACCCUGUGGGACCGGCUAGGCGGCUCCUACCGCCACCCCUCAGCCCUCCUGGGCAAGGGCCCCCAUGACCUCAUACGCAAGCUGAUGGUGGAUGGGAAGCUAAGUGCUAACACAGAUAAAGUUAAUGGGUGCGCUAAUGCUGAUAGCCACAUGAAAGAAAGUAUGCCAAGAAGUAAGAUGGAGUAGUUUUUGAAAUCUUAAAGGGAAAUUUGACCAGAUUUUUCAUAUUCAAUUGCCCUUCUUUUUAGUUGUUUCAAUACAUGCGAUGAGAGUUGGUACAUUUCAACAAAAUAACUGAUAAUAAUCAAAGAGUUGACUAUUUUGCCAAACAUAUUUUAGAUUGAGAUGCCAUUUUUAUCCAUCUUAAAUUAUCUGCAGUAAUUCCUUGCUAAGCAUGUUCUUGAUUAGGAUGAAUCAGUCUUGUAAUGGAACUGUAAGUCAUGUGUAUUGACUGAUUAACAGGGACAAUAUUUAGAGGAUUCAAAUGGCACAGGAUGCUGGAGUCUGAUAAUGCAGUAAAUACGUGUUUGUGUUCCUUAACCUAUUACUUCUUUUGAAUGAAAGUUUUACUAUGCUGAGGGAGCUAGGUAUGAAUUGUAUGUAUAUAAUAAAAUAUGUAUAGAGUGUAUAUAAAUACUGUAUAUCUCACAAUCGAGUGAAUGUCAAAGUGGAACCCUAUUCACAUGUUUGGUUCUCCCAGAUUGUUUCCAAUCCAGUCUUCUACUUUUAUGCUAUUUGGAGCUCUAUACUUUUUAAUAAGUGAGCAAAAGCAAUCUUUAAUGCAAAACAAACAGGACAAUGCAAAGAAAUCAAGGAAUGUCAACUUAAGUUGUAGGAGUGGGCCAUGCUUGAAGUUGGGUUGUGUAGUUACUAAUAUUCAGUAUCUCGAGUCAUCAUCAUUCUUAAUGUGGAGAAACCUUCCUUGCAAGGGUGACUCCUCGCCUCUGACAACCUUGAGUUCUGAGACCUCAUCUGGAGGAAACUGAGCAGGUCUUGGAUACAUAGAGAUGUGCGUAUGUGAAGCCCUCUGUGGCAUGCUUGCGUGUAAAAGGGCUAUACAAAUACAUUUUGAUU